AUGAAUGUUAAGGAAACAGGUAGUAAAAGAAUUUUCUUUGGUUACGAUGAAUUUAAUAUCACGGAAGUAAGUGCAGAUGCGCUGCUUGAUAUAGUAGAGGCAUUGCAGGAUAAUCCUGAUGCACAGGUUGUCUUAACUGGCCAUACUGAUAAUCGUGGUUCUCAUGAAUAUAAUCUUGCUUUAGGUGCUAAAAGAGCAGACUCAGCAAAAAGAUUCAUGACAAAUUGUGCACCUUACUUAGAAAAGAGAAUAAAAACUGCUUCUAAAGGUGAAACAGAGCCUUUAGUUUCUGUUCCAGACGAUUCUAGGCCUGGUAGCAGCUCUAACAAAGUUGCCGUUGCAGUAUCUGGCGGGGUUGAUAGUGUAGUUUUGCUACACCUUACAGUCAACUGGACGCAAAAAAACAAUUUUCCACUACCAAUAGUGUUAACCGUUGACCAUAAGUUACGCCCUGAAUCUAGAGAUGAAGCUAAUUUUGUUGUAGAUUAUGCAAGACAACUUGGUACAGACUCAUUCAUACUAGACUGGGAAAAAGAAGGCAUCAGUGGCAACAUUCAAUCACAAGCACGAAAGGCACGUUAUAAGCUACUAACAGAAUGGUGCAAAAGUAAUAAUAAUAUUCAGUAUUUAUUAGUUGCUCACCACAGAGAUGAUCAAGCAGAAACGUUUUUAUUGAGACUAGAACGCGGUAGUGGGAUAGAUGGAUUAUCUGCAAUGAAUUAUCAAUCCUUUCUUAAUGGUGUGUGUAUCUUGAGACCAUUACUAGAUUUUAGCCGCAGCGAUAUAGAAAAAUAUGCAAAACAUCAUCAAUUGAAAUGGAUUGAAGAUAGAAUCUAUUUAUUAGGAUUAAAAGACAAAACACAAAAUAAGCAAGAAGAUCCAUUAUCACGUUAUAAAAUGAGCACAGUAAAAUUGAAGGAUGUCAUCAUUUCAGACGAGGUAAAAGCUGAGUUACAAGAGGUUUGUAACCACAUAUCAGAAGAUUACAAAAUGGCUAUUGAAUUACUGGACUGUCAACCAUCGACAGGGUAUCUUUUCUACGGUCCUCCUGGAACUGGUAAAACACUUCUGGCUCGCGCAAUUGCAGGUGAAGCAGGUCUUGAAUUUUUUAGUAUUUCAGCUUCUGAAUUUGUUGCAAGAUUUGCUGGUCAAAGUGCAAACAACGUAAAAGAUUUGUUUGCACAAACAAGGAAAAAAGCUCCCUGCGUUCUUUUUAUAGAUGAAAUAGACUCUAUUGGUGCAGAAAGAGGUUCUUCCAAUGGUUCUGCUACCCAAGACCAUAAUAAAACUUUAAAUCAGUUAUUGACUGAAGUUAAUGAAAUUGGAAAACAUGGAAUAAUAUUAAUCGCCGCAACUAAUCGACUGGAAGUUUUAGAUGAAGCAUUAGUUAGGCCAGGUCGUUUUGAUAAAAAAAUCUGCAUUCCUUUGCCAGACUUGGGUUCACGCGAAAAGAUACUAAGAUUAUACAUGAAGGACAUACUCAAGAAAUCACAUUUAAAUUUUAAAGAGAUUGCAAGAAAAACUAAUGGAUAUUCAGGAGCAGAUUUAAAUUAUUUGGUUAAUGAAGCAAAAAAGCAUGCUGCAAGCCGGUUUGUAGAGAUCGUAGAACAAACAUGGUUAAAGGAGAAAAAAUAUCCGGAAGUAGAGCAACUAACUGUUACAAUGGAUGAUCUUGAACAUGUAAUAGUGAAACUUAAUAACGAGAAGAAGGAGCACAUAAAUAGUAUUAUUAAUAAUAUUAAUAAUGGUACCGAUACCUGGGGCUGUAAUUCGUUAAGAAUGUAA